UCUGUCUGUCAAGAUGCCUGAAAAAAACCAAUCUUAUCUGCCUCUCUCCAAUCCAACAAACAACAUCAGUACACCCAUCAGAUUAGCUUAGCAGUAGCGGGUUCAUGGCUCUCCAAGCAGCUUCAUCGCUCCCACCCACCAUCUCCAUUCACAAAGAGGCCAAAUCUAAUGCUUGUCUUAAAGAGACAACUCUGUUUGGUGUUCCAUUUUCAACCCAUUUCAGCUUUCCUCUUCAUUUAACUCAGGAACUCAGGAAAAAGGGAGUAGCUGCCGGAAUUGUUCGAGCACAAACAGCUGCUACAACUCCGGCAGUCGAUCGGGCUGCUCCACAAGGGAAGAAGACCUUGAGAAAGGGUAAUGUGAUAAUAACCGGUGCGUCGUCCGGUUUAGGCUUAGCGACGGCCAAGGCUCUUGCCGAGACAGGGGAAUGGCAUGUAAUCAUGGCGUGUAGAAAUUUUCUCAAGGCUGAGAAAGCUGCUAAAUCGGUUGGCAUUACGAAGGAGAAUUAUUCCGUGAUGCAUUUGGACCUUGCGUCGCUUGAAAGUGUGCGGCAAUUUGCGGAUACCUUCCGUCGCUCGGGCAGGCCGCUUGAUGCUUUGGUUUGCAAUGCUGCUGUGUACUUGCCAACUGCUAAGGAACCGACUUAUACUGCCGAAGGGUUCGAACUCAGCGUCGGAACAAACCAUCUCGGUCAUUUCCUCCUAGCAAGGCUUCUCCUAGAUGACCUCAAGCAGUCAGAUUAUCCUUAUAAGCGUCUCAUUAUUGUUGGUUCAAUUACAGGAAACACAAACACAUUGGCCGGGAAUGUGCCACCGAAAGCUAACCUCGGGGACCUUAGAGGUCUUGCAGGAGGCUUGAAUGGAAUACAGAGUUCAGCCAUGAUAGAUGGAGGAGAUUUUGAUGGUGCCAAGGCAUAUAAAGACAGCAAAGUUUGUAAUAUGCUCACCAUGCAAGAAUUCCACAGGCGGUACCACGAGGAAACCGGAAUCACCUUUGCCUCCCUUUACCCCGGUUGCAUUGCAACAACAGGUCUGUUUAGGGAACACAUUCCAUUGUUCCGUCUUCUCUUCCCACCGUUUCAAAAGUACAUUACGAAAGGCUAUGUUUCGGAAGAAGAAGCUGGGGGCAGACUUGCACAGGUUGUGAGUGAUCCAAGUCUUACAAAAUCAGGUGUUUACUGGAGUUGGAACAAGAACUCAGAAUCAUUUGAAAACCAGCUUUCAAAAGAGGCAAGCGACGCGGAGAAGGCACGGAAGUUGUGGGAGGUUAGCGAGAAGUUGGUUGGUUUGGCUUAAAUAGGCACCGAAAUGAGAAUAUAUAGACAAACUAUAAAUAUAAUUUACCUAUGUUUCCAAUUUUGUAAAUGCUACAGGUUUUGUUCUUAAUUACAAAACACAGAAAGUUAUCCUAUUAUUUGUCAUUUCUAUCAGCUAAAA